UCUAUCUCUGAGUCCGUUGCGAUCACACUAAAGUAAAAACAAGAAACUCGCUACACUGAAGGUAAACAUGCAAGGUGUUGGGUAAUGAAGUGCUGGUGUUACAAAAACACAGUUUUGUCUAGUGUAGCGGGAGAAGAAAGUCUAAACUUUAGACUGGCAUGGGCAUUACAUGUUGUGUGAAUUGCCAAUUGCCAUGAAUGUUCGUCGUUUGUGCUUUAGAUCGAGUUAUGCCUGAGCCUACUCAAUUUAGUUCUGCCUGCUGUACUUACUCUAUCCAACACGGGCAAUCGCUUCGAAGAUGGGCUGCGGCAGUGGAAAGCUAGCCCCGGAUUCUCCGAUCAUUGGUAAGAAGAAGGACUUAGUAAAACAAGUGGAAACAGGCUUUGGGAAUGGCGUAACUCCCUACUCUAAACCUGACAAUUCACGCCCAAAGAUUCCUAAAUACAAGGUAAAAGUUGAUCCGAGAGUGACAGCCAAAUAUGUUAUUAAAGCACUGAUUGGAACGGGCAGUUUCAGUAGGGUGGUUCGGGUUGAACAUCGAACAACCAAACAACCAUAUGCGAUUAAGAUGGUAGAGAAGAGGAAGGAGGGAAAAGAGGUUUGUGAAACAGAAUUAUCAAUUCUCCGAAGAGUAAGGCAUUCACAUAUUAUCCAGUUGAUAGAAGUAUUUGACAGUAAGGACAGAAUAUACAUGGUGAUGGAACUCGCAACCGGUGGAGAGUUAUUUGAUCGCAUUGUUUCCAAAGGUAAUUUUAAUGAACGAGAUGCAACACAUGUACUGAGAAUGGUGUUAGAUGCUGUGAAGUAUUUGCAUAAUUUGGGUAUUACCCACAGAGACAUCAAGCCAGAAAACUUACUAUAUUAUCAUCCGGGUAAAAAUUCUAAGAUUAUGAUUACAGACUUUGGAUUAGCAAGUUGUCGCAAAGGUGGCGAUGAUGUAAUGAUGAACACAACAUGUGGAACUCCUGAAUAUAUCGCACCAGAGAUUUUAUGUCGGAAAUCGUAUACAAAUGCAGUGGACCUUUGGGCAAUAGGUGUAGUAACCUAUAUUUUAUUAAGUGGUAGAAUGCCAUUUGAUGAUGAAAAUAGAACUAGACUGUAUAGAAAAAUAUUACGAGCAAAGUAUGCAUAUACUGGCGAGCCAUGGAAAGAUGUCUCCGCUGCUGCAAAGGAUUUCAUCGAUAAACUGUUGCGUACAAAUCCAGCUGAACGUAUGACAUGUGCCCAAGCGCUGAAACACCCAUGGAUUGUCACAAAUGCCGGACAGUCUAGCCUGAAGAAUUUACACCGAUCUAUCAGUCAGAACUGGCUGAAACGAACAUCAACGCGUAGCAGGAGCUCCAAGUCAACGCAUUCUACACAAUCAAAUAAAUCCACGCGAUCACGGUUAUCAGGUCGGUCUGCCAAGAGGCGUAUACCGGCGCAGGAAUUGGAUGGACUGGAGAGCAAAACAAGCCUUCGUGAUCCACAAGAGGUAGCUAGGGAGGGUAAGGAGAACAAAUACAAGUUAUAACAUAUGGAAAUUUUAUGCGAAAAUUACAAUAAGAUCAUGGACAAAUUGAGAUGUGACAGGUUAAUAAAUGUCGGCUCUCUAUAAAUAGUAAUGUGAACCCAUGGGACUGGCAAGAGGAAGCCGGCAAACGUGGAUGACAUAAUUUUGAUGGAGUAAAAGAAAUGGUAAUGGCAAGCUUGGAGGAUUUUGUUAAAAUUGAAUGGCCUCCUUAUUGAUCCUGUAAUCCCUUGGUAUAAAACUUAUUUAUGUGUCAUUGCUAAGGCAUGCACGUGUGAAAAAAAAUAUGUGCUAAUUUCAUAAAUUUCUGAAUGUCAUACCAACAGUGGGAGAGGGGGGGGGGUUGGAAUUUAGGAGGUUAACCUGAAAAUGAGUAUCACUGGUUACGCUCAUAUAUAUUUAAACAAAAUUUAUUUUUGUUGAGCAUUAAAAAAAACCAAAUAUUUGAUUUAAUUUUUUAUAUUGUACAGUGGCCACUGAUACUGGAUCUCUUCACUCAAUUCCAUUGUCAUCAUUACAUUUGUAUUGUGUAUGUGUGCCAUGUAUAUUUGGUAUAUGGUUAUUCAUGAUUUAAUGGGAAAAUAUUAACUUAAGAGCACAAAGAGAUAUGCAGAAACUGACAAAUCACAAUUUGAGUAUUCAUUGGGAAAUGUUGUUAUAUUUAGAAUAAUAAUUGAGCUAUGAUCUAAAAUAUAGUAACAUUUUAAAUGGUUCUGCAUCUUACAGUGCAUUCAUUGUUCAUUCGACAUCCCACAAGCUUGAAAACAACAUAAACUCAUGUGUAGGCCUAUAUGUUUGUUAAUUUGCAAAAUGUAUUGAAUUUGUAAAAUGCAUUGGACAGUUGAUUGAUUGUACCUUUUGCUAUGUAUCGUUUGAUUCAAUCAACCGAGAAAUUUAUUUUGAACACAUUUUGUGUUAGUGUACUGUAUGCAACAACUGAUAUACAAUUCUAACUUGUAGAAGUUAAUUGACAACUUGAUGCUAAACCUUGUUUUCUAAACCAUUAGAAUUCCAUUAAGCACCUUGGUAUUUUCUAAUUUAUUUAAAAGUGUAAAAAGCUGUGGGGUAAAAAUGCAAUUCAAUUUAUACAAUUAUAAAUUACUAUACCUCAAAAAUAUUAUUGAUUUAUUUUUUGUAAAAACCAUUGGAAUAAUGCUAGAGGAAGCAGGCAAUGUGGAUGAUUGACAUAAGUUUGAUUGAGUAAAAGAAACGGUAGUGGCCUAUCAAUUUUUGUUAAAAAUCAAUGGGGCUCUAAAAAAUAUAAUAUACCUCAAAAAUAUUAAUUGUAUAAUAACAACAGGAAUGGAAGUUAUUGAUUUCUUUUCUGUAAAAACACUGAAACCAGAUGAAAUUCUUUGAACAGGAGUGGAUUUGAAAUAGCUAAGUGGUUAAGAUGCUUGCCUUAUAAUCCCAGGGUCUUGGGUUCAAUUCUUCUCACACCAGGACUUAUUCUCACUACUCAAAACAACUCCACUCCCUAGGCCUCAAUAAAAAAAAAACUUUGUCUAUAAAGCAUCGUUCCAUCCUGUAAGCGGCGAGUGUACUUAAUAUUGGAUGCGAGGAAAAUAAGAAAAUAAAAUAAAAAAAAUAUUUUCAUUGGUCAAUUCUACCUGGUAAAUGGUGUGGUAGUUUUUCCAAAUUCCGUACUCCUUGUACUACUUGACGUGCGCCAGAUUUACAUGUAUGCGGGGGCCAGAUUUACAUGUAUGCAAACAAUCAUUUGAGGAUUGUUUGCGGAGGGAGGUACCGGUAGUCCCAGUUAUCUAACACCUCAGUAAAGUACUUCACCUCAAUCCAUGUUGUAUUUGUAUAUCCACAGCUUCAUAUUAGUUGUAAAAAAAAUUCUGAAACUCAUGAAAAAAAAAAGGUUGGUUGGCUUCUAUGGUAUCUGCUCUUUCAAUCAAGGAUGGUUUGGCAAUAUGGUUCUUAUGAUAUCCAAUGCUCAAAGGGUGAAUAUUGCAGCCCUCUGUUGGAUUAUAGUAAUUGAAAAGUAUUUUCUAUGCCAAAUUCACCCACAUAAAUAAUCACCUUUAGGUUCUAAACCGUCAUCGAUUAACUAGAGAAUGGUUCAUAUAGUUUGCUUUUUUAAUUAUAAACUUUUUACAGAAAGGUCAUGUAGGACCUUAAGGGAGUGAGUGGGAUGGCUGGAUGGAAUGGUAAUCAAUCACUCAGUUCAUCAGUCAGUCAGUCUGCCAAUCAAUCAACCAAUCAAUCAAUCAAUACCAUUCAACCAAUACAAUUUAUAUCUUUAUUCAUACAAGCAUCCAAAUACAAAAAGAUGAAGCACUUAAAGUAAAAAAUUUAAAUGAGGAUGAAAAGGACCUCCAUGAAACUCCAAUCAAUCAAUCUAUUUCAGAAAUACAAGUCUAUACAUAACAAGUAAUAGAAAGCACAACUUUGAACUACAUUAUAUACCAUACCUAGACUACAGUAUCUUGCAUUUUGGAAUCAUUUCAUAUCCCAAAACGUGGAAAUCAAUUCAAGUGUUUAAAAAUGAAAUAUGGGUAAGGUGGUCGUUCUUGAAUGAUCAAACAGUAUUCUUUGCGAUGUUUGCGACUGUAUUGUGGGAUUGAAUUUGUCAAACAGUACCCUGAGAGCAGGUGGAAUUGAAGGAUUUCAACUUAAAAUUCCAAAAUUCAAUUGUUUCAUCAAAUUCAAGAGCUAAAAAAGUACAAAAGUUUUGUAAUUUUGAGACCAUCUUUUUCAUAUUCGGAACCCCGCCUUCUAAUGUGCCGUAAUGUUUUUUACUCUUGCGAGUAAAAAUGGAUACUCUUCCUUAACCAUCUUUUCAAGAAAAUUAACAUUUUUUAUUGGCCUAUUGAGAGGGGGAGUGGAUAUCUAGAGGAUAUGUUAAAAUUAUGUUAAUUGUCCUCAACCCAUUUACCAUGCGAGUCAAAAACUUGGCUCAAAUAUGCCUAAUGCAAGUCCAUCAAAUGCACUUAGGAAUAAACAGUUUGUUUCUUAUGUAGAUAAUUGCCAAUUUGGAUCCUCUGUGAUUUGAAAGCAUUCAGAUGAUAGCGAUGACGUGGGUAGGGUUAUCAAUAAUAGAUAUUUAUGAGGUUGUUUACCCCUUAACUAUAUAUUCUUCAAAAUAAUAAACAGGUAUAGGAAGAAAGUAACACUGAGAGUUGCAUUUCUCUACACCAGAAUAAUUUCUGUAAAACUUACAACAUAAUAGCAUAGGUGUGUGGCUAGCACCUAUUGCGCAGACUAAGCACUGAUCACUGAUAGGUAGUCUUAGCCCCAGGCAAAGGAUCAGAUUGAAAUAGAAGCCUUAUCCAGGACCUAAAGCCCCUCUGAACAAAGGCUGUACAAUAGCAACCUGCUGUGGUGAUGCACAUACUCCUGUUCAUAUUUCUCAGCAAACAGAGAGUAUCCUCAAACUUCCUCUAGUUGCCAAUUUAGAGCUUGGUCAAUAUUUAAUAUUGUCGGUGUAAAAUAACCUUUGUUGCCAUUCCAAUUUGCAGACAAAAAUAUUCCCAUCGUGUAUUUUUUUAAAAACUUUUUCUCUAUAUGCUUUUACGUCAACUGCUCUUGUCUAUUUCAAUAUGGAUGCUCUACUAAACAUCAGAUAUACCGAUACAUCAUCCACAAAGAUUGACCAUACAUCAUCUACAACAUUUUCCCAUCAUACAAUGCAACAUUCCAGUCUAUUCCAACCCCUCCAACCUUUUAAAAUGUUUUUGUUGCCAAGUAUUGUAAAGAAUUAAAUAAAUUUAAUUAAAAAUACAUAUAUUUUAAAUAUUGUUUAUGUUGUUGAAAAGUACAUUGAGACUGUAUAUAGAUAUGUGCUAUACUAGUUUAAUUGUUAUUAUUUAAAAUACCAUGGUUUGGAGAAUAACAGAAAGAAAAAAAGCAUUCAUCUGUCAUUAUGAGGUAACUGAACCAAUGAGGUAAUUUGAACACAAUUCUUAUUAAGAGAAUGUAGCUGAAGAUUGAUUCAGGGCGUAAAGCAUGGUCAUCGACCGGUGGUAUACUGAACAAAACCACAGUCACCAUUCCAAUCCAUUCCAUCUUUUAUUUUAGAUGGAUUUAUAUGGUUUUAUAUAAAUUUGUUGAAUCCUAUCCAAGUGGUUGGAAAUAUUUAAACUACAAUUAAUAACAUCUGUUAUUAAAAGAAAUACCUGAAAUGUUACUGCUGGUUGGUGGUAAAUUAAAACUACAUAGAGAAGUUUAAAGGUUAGUUUCUCCAAUUGAUUUAUUCAAAAGGUUGCACACAUUGACCUCUGCUUUGUUCUGAUGGAGGUGAAAGUGGGGUCACUAUCAACUUGCCUGUCUUCUAUAAACACAACCAAAGUAGGGUGUAAUGAAUACCAAUACUGUACCAACAGAAGAACAUUUUUUUUUCUACUCAAAAUUCUAAUUCUAAUAAAAGUUUGGGGUUCAAGCUUAGAAAAUCUACCCAGAGAAAAGCACUUUCCAACCCUCUAAUUUGUCUGUAAUUUUAUGAAUAUUACAAUAUUUUUCCUGAUAGUUGUUCAGUUUCUACUGAAAAUUAAAUAAAAGAGGGGAAAAAUUGUUAAACCAAUUAUUUUUUGAUAAAAUAUGAAAGGCAGAUGGGCUAACUAUGGUCAAAAAUGUGAUUUCAGUGUUCAGAAAUAUGCUUCUUUGCAAGGUAUUGUGAUCACAACAUAUUGUUUUCCUGUCUGUACUGCAACUUCAGACAAAUAGUAUUCAGAAUUUAAAUACAGUAAAUUAUUUCUAUUAGUUUGUUCCCCUAAACAUUGGUCUAUCAAAAAUUCUCAGUAUUUCAUUCACCCAGAACUCUAGGCUGGAAGUUAUUCAAGAAAUUGGUUCAUCUCUAUUUUUUGUACAGUAAUUGGUAUCUAUACAACUUGAACAAUAAUAACUAAUAAAUAGCCAUAAUGUAUUAUAUAGUUUAUCGUUGCAGUCACUCUCCCAGAGCCAAUGCGUAUAUAAUCCCAUAAUUCCAAGUGCGAUGUAAGUGAGAAGUUCACAAGUUACUUGGAUGAUUGCCAGGAAUAUUUUGUAGGCUACUGUCCUCUGUCCUCACAUUAAUUUACAACAAGAUUAACCUUUAACAUAACUUUAGCCUCUCAUCAUGGCUGUAUGAUUUGUAUUCAAAAGUUAUUAAUCCACUUUUGUUGAAUACAGCCUGAUAUAAACACAAUAGGAUUGUCUACUAUCACUUAAUCAAAGGCUACCAUAGCACUAUAUUUUGUGAUAGUUCAGAGGAAUGAUGUUUUUUGAAAGGAAAGUCUAAAUUUUUUGAAGUGUAACGAUGAUUCUGUGGAUUCUUUAUAAAUUUCGAUGGAUACAGAAAAUGAUAUAUCUGAAAAUUCUGUAUGUCAAAAGAUGUAUGUAGAUGACCAUGCUUUACAAUUAUCUGUACAUAAUACAUAUGCAUUUUUUAAGCUGGCCAUCAGUUGUACCUCAAGUACAGUACUGGUAAAUAACAUGUGAGAGGUUAUAGGUCACAUAUGAGCCAGAUGGAAGAUCUUAUUGAACUUAGUAUAAUACAAAGUGGGACUAUGGCAAGCCAUUUUACCAUUUACCCUUUAAAUUGUACUUAGGACAAUUGUACUUUACUUUCAUUAAAUACAAUUAACUUAUGCUAAUUCAAAUACGUAUGCUAAUUCAAAUACGUAUGCUUGUUUAAAUUAACUUAAGUAGAAUAUUUCACUGAAGUGUAAUUAUGUAAAAAAACAUUUUACUUUAAGUACAAUUAAAUUGCACCUUACCUCAUGGACAUAUUGUUCAUUAAAAAAAGAUAACACAGUAAUUCAGCACUUGGAAUCCUUUAUACUUUUCAACAAACUAAAUUAUAAGCAUUAAGUAGUAUUUAAAUAGAUUAAAGUAUAUAGGUCUGUAUUGGUGGUUGUAAAAUGAACUUAUUGAAUGCUUUAUUGAACCUGUCUCUUACAUACUUCAUUUUUAUUUAUUACUAUGUAAAGAAAUAUAAUAUGGUUAUUUUCAUAUCUGUACUUUAAGAAAAACUUAUACUAAGAAGUAGUUACCUCCAAACGUGUUAUUUUUCGAACUGUAUGAUAAUAUUUUACCAGUCAUGCUUCCAACCAUAUUAACCAUCUGAAAAGUGUGCUUUUCUUCAGCAUGCAGAACCAUUGUGAUUUAUGUAUAUUUUUUUUCUCGAAAUUAUAUAUAGUGUCACUGUUCCUUUUUUUUUUGUAUUUUAUGUAAUUUAAUUUGAUGGAUCAACGAUGAUUUUUGCCAAAUCAAUAAUAUUAGUAUUUUUUAUCUGAUUGUUGUGCUAAUUCAGUAGUAGAUAAAACAACGAUUAUUUCUUAUAGUAAGAUUGUAGAAAAUGAGCACCAAAUUUUGACAAUCAUGACGAUAAUGUAUCGAUGAAAAUCAGAUGAAAGAUAUUUUUUUAUAAGUCAUGUCUUCAAAAAACAGCUUGGCAUUGUUAUAAAGCAACUAUCCUUGAAAUGCUACUGUAUAUUCCUACUAGGUACAGUGCACCCUCUAGUUCGAGAUGAGUGGCGUAUUUGGGAGUCUUGAAAUGGGUGGGGGGGCUGAUGAGUUUGUGAAGGUGAAGUGGGGGGGCCUAGAUGGUUAGGUGAGGGUGCACUAACUUGCAAAAUAAGGUGAUAUUUGAGGUGAUUUUUAACUACAGUACUUGACUGAUUUUUGGGGAGUUGACUGGUGAGAGUGUGUUUCCCUUGGAUACGUCACUGUUGGAGACCACUUUUUCAAUGAACCAAGUGACAAUCUUCAAUCUAUUAGCAACAAACUCACCCUCUAUGUGGAGCCUGAACCUUGAGACACCCCAAAUUUUCUGGUCCUGAAGGUCGUCUCGAAUUGGAGGGCGAACUGUAUCUUGGCAUCAAGUGUUUCACUUACUGAUACAUUCAUUAUGUUGAUGUUCUUAAAAUUUGGUGCUCUACUAAAUUUAAAUUCUAUUUUUUUAGCAGUUGAAGACAAGUUAUAUACUUUUCUUCAACUGCUAAAAAAUAUAAUCUAUUUUUUAGCAGUUGAAGACAAGUUCUAUACAUUACAUAGAGCUUAUAUAGAGCAGAAGAUGUCUUGCUUUGAGUAUGCUUAUAGAUUACUAUGGUAUAUAGCUUAGCUAUUUAUAUGUGCUAGUAUUAGAGACUGCAUUGCUGCAUAUUUUUUUUAUUUUUAUUUAAAUUUAGUUUGUGUAAACAAAGUGUUAAAAUGUUUCAUGUGAUACGAUAAGAAUGGAUACAUUUCCAAAAACAAGAGCUUGAUAAAUUGAACAUUCAGAUUCACCUUGAAUUUGUUACCAACGAUAAGAAAGUAUAAAUAAAACAUUUUUACUUAUAUUUGUACUGAUAAAUUAAUUAUACCUUAAUUCAAUAAAUUGGAUAUAUUUUACUACAAAUUAUUUUAUACACUUGCAUAUUGAUCAUUAUUGAGAAUGGUUUUACUGUACUUUCAGAGAAAGUGUUACUGGUCAUGCUGGUAAAACUAUGGAGUUGCUAGAGGUAGCUUCAUGAUUGAACCAGACAAUAUCUGUCUUUGUUUUGGAGGUAUUCAUGUCAACCUACAUUUGUAUUAAAGGUGUAUUGUCCCAUGCAAAAUACCAACAAUAUCAUAAAAGUCAUUUUAAAAAUUAAUUUGCUAAUUUUGAAAUAAGUAACAAAAAUUAUCAACUUACACAAAAAUUAGUAGUCUAUAUUUGAAAAAUGUUAACCCACAAUUUACAGCGAAAAAUGAUAGAAACUCUUCCAGUUAAAGGCAAAUAGAAAAGUUUAUUAGAUUACCACUCCCGCCCACAUCAAAAAUUCGGGAAAUAUUAAUGCGGGAAUUUUUUUUUUAAAUUUUUGCUGCAUCAAUUAUUUCAACAGCAUAAAAAUAAGUGCAUUUUUGUGACAAUAUUUGCUAUUACUAGCCAAUAUAUGAACAGUUCCUCCUUCAUCGAUAAAAAUAGAAGCGAAAUAAUCUAUUGUUUCGAUUAAAAAAUUUUUUAAAAACCCGCCCUCCCUCAUCGAUUAAUUUUUUUAAAAGAGUGAUAAUCUAAUAAUUUUUUCUAUGUGCCCUUAGUGGAAGUGUUUUAUUGUUUUUAUCAUCAUUAUCCAGUAUAAAAAUUAGGAUAAUGUACAAGUUCAUAAUUUGCAUGUUACUGCAAAAUGAGCAAGUUAAUUCAAAAAUUAUUGUGUAUGAUUUUUUCUCAUUUUCUGGGGACAGAAAUUAUCGUAGAAUUUCUGUUAAAAUUUUCAAGCAAUUUAUUGCAGACUUUACCAGUAAUACUGUACUGUGCUACUAAACUUCAAUGUUCAUCCUGCACUGUAGUACCAUUGUAUUUUAGUGAUAGCUCCAUAAUACAAAGUUUUAAUGUUCGUAGUUCAAAUUACUACUGUUUCCAAAAUGUGUAUAUUGUUUUUAUGCAACACGAAUCACUUGUUGUUCAGGCAUAUUUUUUAUUAUUUUCUAAAACAAACAGUAUAAUUGUUAAAAUACCUAAAGCUGCAGGCUUGGUAUGGCCGUCUUUUGUGUUGCAGUUAUUUGCCUCAAAGUUGAUUAUUAUUCUAAAUUCGAGCUCCAAGGCUUACAAAAGAGGGAUAAAAAGCGCAAUUAUGGGGGUAAUUAAGCAGGUAUUUGGUACAUUGCAGAGGAAAAGUUAACUUCUUUUUUUAAAUGAAUACUUCUUGUGCUUGACUUGAUCCUUUUGUUUUUUCCUUUAUAUGUUGAUUUAGAUAAACAUGUUAGCUCCGGUUUCAUUCCUCUUAAGUAUCCAAUGAAUUUUAAAUUCUAUUGUAAAGCUUCACCCUUGCUUAUAGUUCCCACAUACUAAUAGUGUUUAUAAUUCCUGGCAGUGAGAACGUAAUAUAAAAGUUAGUGAUACAGCAUUGCACAAAUUUCCAAUAAAUUGAGUGAUAAUAUUCAGACACAAUGGAACACUUAUCUUUACCAAGCAUCGCUACAUUUAGUUUGAUCGUGAUCCUUCAUUUUUAUAACAUACUCUAUAUUUUCUAAGUUACUGUGUAAGGAUAAAAUUCGAGUUUAGUGUCGUCAAUUUGUGUAAAUACAUAUACAUAUACCGUAGUGCAAUUCCGCUGUAUAACUCACUGGUUAAGUUUAUCUUGCAUUGUAGAUGAUCUACUGUAAACAAAUAUUAUAAUAAAACAACAGUUUCGUUUGCAGACAAGCCGAAAUGAGGCUUUGGAGUUUGCCAAAGACUCAAUGUCAAUAUUAUUAUUCAAAUAAAGUUUCUUAUUAAAAGAAAAAAAA